CUUCCUUUACAAAUUGUGCUAAAAGUGAACUUAAACUAAUUUAUGUUGCUGAAUUCAAGUACUAAGCUGAAGUGAGGUGUAACCUCAUGCUACGAUGCUGGACGAGAUCACCCCGACCGCGGUGUCCAACAGGUCUACGCCGUACUUCACCGAUCUGCACAACGUUUACGUCACCUUUUAUGACGAAAUCAACAAAGUGUACAUCAACGACACACAAAAUGGCACUGAGUCAUACCAGUCAUUCAUUUUGCCGUGGUGGCGCCAGGUGCUAUGGACGGUGCUGUUCGCAGCCAUGGUGGUGGUGGCCACCGUGGGAAACCUAGUCGUCAUAUGGAUAGUUCUAGCUAACAAGAGGAUGCGAAGUGUCACCAAUUAUUUUCUAGUCAACCUGUCCGUGGCAGACGCAAUGGUGUCAACCCUAAACGUGACGUUUAAUUUCACGUACAUGCUCUAUUCGGAUUGGCCGUUUGGACACUUCUACUGCAAGUUCUGUCAAUUUAUAGCUGUGCUUAGCAUAUCGGCAUCAGUGUUCACUCUCAUGGCUAUAAGUAUAGACAGGUAUGUGGCUAUAAUGAGUCCACUGCGACCACGUCUCGGCAAGCGAGCAACACUAGGUAUUGCAGCGGCUAUCUGGGCAGGUAGCUCUGUGAUCAGCAGCCCCAACCUCAUAUAUUUCACCACAGAAACAACCACACUGCCAGAUGGAAACACCAGACGAGUUUGCUUCCCAGAGUGGCCUGAUGGAAUAACGACGAGAUCUCAACUUGAGUACAUAUAUAAUGUCGCUUUUAUGGUGUUAACGUACUUCCUGCCGAUAAUAUCGAUGACCUUCACGUACGCGAGAGUAGGGGUCGAGCUGUGGGGGUCACAAUCUAUCGGCGAAUGUACCCAACGACAAUUGGACAACGUGAAAAGCAAACGAAGGGUUGUGAAAAUGAUGAUAGUUGUGGUUGUCAUAUUUGCGGUGUGCUGGCUGCCAUUCCACGUGUACUUCGUGGUCACAUCAUACUACCCCGACGUAGUGAACUACCCUCACAUACAAGAAAUAUACCUCGGCUUCUACUGGCUAGCAAUGAGCAACUCUAUGUACAACCCCAUCAUAUACUGCUGGAUGAAUUCCAAGUUUAGACGAGGCUUCAAACAAUUCUUCUGGUGCUGUGGUGCUUUGGGCGGCGGUGGACUCAGUAGACAUAGGCCUUUUGGCACCGAUCGCCUCGACAGAUCCGUCCGAUCGCUCUCACCUAGCAGAAAAAAUGGUACCAGCACAAUACGGAUCUCGAUGCACAGCACGUACAACAAUACUUUGAUGACCAGCACCUGACAAAGACGAGGCGCGUCUGGACCGCACAACGAGUGUGCCGGAAAUGAUGCGCAUGCUAACGUGGAACGUACGUGGAUAUGACGCGGGUGUCGGCCCCCGCGCGCGGUUCUCACUCCGCACGACCUGUAUGCUUGAACUCAUUAGCUGAAUAGAAGCCUAGGGUUUCUAUAAUAUACGUUAAUUUUCAAAUUUCAGAAUUGUUCUAAAUGAUAUAUUUUUUAUUAUUUUUAAUAUCUGGGGCGUGAUUAAUAUUCUGCCAUAAAUGUAACAACGAUUGACAUUGUAUAAUUUCUUAAAUAAUAUUAUGUUCAUUCAAUUGAGGACCAAAGGACUUUAUUUGCAUAAACAUGUGUUUUAUUCCACCAAGUUAUUACUUCAAUGUGAUUAUGAAUUAGUUCUAUCGCGUAUUUCAUGUAAAUAAAGCUUUUUUAUAAGAAGUAGUUGUAAAGGCUUAUGAGCUUAUUCAAAUUACUGUACUCUUGACGUAAAAUGUGAUCAAUAGUAAUAAUA